AUGCCCUCGGCGCACCAGAAACCAGCCAAGCGAACGGACGCUCCGAAUGGUGCGCUUGCUGAGGCCCCCCCAAGCUACCAAGAAGUUGCCAAUCAGCCGCCAAGCUACCAAGCAGUUCCCGACCAGUCAUUCUCAGCUCCCUUACCAGAGAUCACCUUUGCUGGUAAUGCCUUGUCGUCACAGAGUAAGGACCCAUCCAAUAAAAACUAUGGCUUCGAUGUUACCGAAAGCUGUUGCCUUGCCCAUCUCAAACUGCUCCAUGCUAUCGAGGCAAUGAAGCAAGACGUUGGCUACACCGACGGUCUUUGGGGAAUAUGGGACAGCCUGGUCCUCGAUGGCAAGGGGGUUUCCUUUGACUCCUCAGAAGUACCCUCCGACAUGAGAAAGUCUGACUUGACUGGAGAAGAAGAGAAGAAGAUGAUGCUUAGCAAACUUCGUGAAAAGAGAUGGGCCAUCUUUGUAGCACGAGCUGUUGACCGCUACGAAGCCUGGUGGAACGCUCAAGAUAUCAAGAUGCUCUCGGAGGGCGACACGACUACCAAAAAUGGUAACAACUAUAUGCGAUUUCCGAGUACAAACCAAAAGCUCGACUGGCAACCGUCUACAUUGCCUCCUCUCGACGUCCUUAUGGUCAUGCAUACACAUAUGCUUAACCCUCGAGCUUUUUUGGAAGACACUAUGCGAUAUGGCCUGAACAAGCUCUGGGCGACUGGCCUACCCUGGGAGCUAAUAAACAAGGCAAUUGCGGAUGACUUCACCUACCGAGCCGCUGACGAUACUCAAGCAGCCUGGGUGGCCAAAAGUCAACGCAACUGGCAUAACCAAGAUGAUUCCCAAACAAAAUCUCUGCAAUGCCCCUACUGCCGUACAUGGUAUCAAGCACCGUGGACUACAUGCGGCACAGACGAAAGUGGCAGUUCCUACAGAUCCAGAGAUUUAAUUGGUGAGGGAUAUGGUGAUGGGAAGUUUACGUUUUCGUGCACUUCGUGCGGUCGGGAAAAUUACAAAGAACUGCUUUCAGUGUCCAAGUUCCUACACGACUCAGAUCUGUUGGUCGCUAACGGAGUCCCUAUGCCUGGCACCAUUCUGAACCCACAGAGCGGACGGCCUGAGCAGGAUCCCGUGAUGAGCCCAACUUCCAACGGGUUUGCCCGCACGUUUCCCAAUCGUAUGACUCGAAAGUUUAUCAUCAACCGUGUCACGGCGCUCUUCCGGCCCGGUGGUGACCAUCAACACCCAACAAUGGACACAAUCAAACUCUUUAUCGAAGAGGUCAUGCAGGAUAACGCCAAGGUGCGCGAAAUCGACGACUUCCGGUCGUGGCGGAGGGGCAAAUAUGGCAUAUUGCCCAACGCACGGUUAUCUACGCGAAAGAUGAUGAGCCGAUACUGGGACAACUUCUCCCCCUUUGCCCUCGAUCUUUGUGGCGCGGUGAUGCGUCAGGGCAUCUUUGUGGACAAGAUGGUCCAAUUGGAUUGGCUGCACAGUCCCUCGGCCAGAGAUACAAUGCAGCGCCUGAUCCAGAAGUACCAACGAUUCCUGGAAAUCAUGGUCAUAUUUCCAGGUCAGACGAUUGUGCCGACUCUCGAUGUCGACCUCGCCUGGCACACACAUCAGCUCCACCCCCAGUCCUACUACCAACACACAGUGCGCAAGACGGGCAAGAUGGACAGGCAGGGCAAGUUUAUUGACCAUGACGACAAGAUUGACGAAAGCAAGCUCGGGGAAGCAUUCAUUUUUACCACCAAAACGUACCAGGAUAUGUAUGGCGAGGUUUACAGCGAGUGUACUUGCUGGUACUGCGAAACUGUCCGGUCCUCAUUCGUGUCCUCCAUGAGCGCUACAUUCCGUACUAAGGAAUACAAGCUCUUGCAAUCGUUCUGUACUCCUGAAGCUGCGAAGCUUUACCCUCCUGACAACUCGGCGCACGUGUCGGCGCACAACGCCGUGAGCUUUGCCAGCAUCGCCUCGGCCACUGAGCGAGCGAGACAGGCUCGCCACGCACAAAAAAUCGAAGAGGAAUAUAAGAAGGCCCAAGAGCGAGCAGCCAAGAAAGGCCGGCAGCUGCCACCGAAAGAUGAAUACUACAACCACUGGGGCUACUCAUACUACGGUAACGUCUUGUAG